GGUCGUUAAAUAUGUUAGUUUGCCUUGUGAUUUCGUCAGCGGUAACUGUGGUAGUGCGCGCGAAAUGUCUGGUUAAUUUAUUAUUGUGCAAUUGAGCUACCUGAUCAAAAUGCGGAGUUUAUUUAGAUAUGAUUUUAUAUCUGUUGUUUUUGGAUGUUUGGUGUUCACAACGACAGCACAGGCGCAGCUACUUCUCGGCGCGCUUCUCGGAGACAACCAAAAUAGUAACAACAACAAUCCCAACAUACCACUUAUCGGUGCCCUAGGUCUAGGAUCAAACAAUAACCAACAAACUCAAUUUAAUAGUAACCAAAAUCAAUAUUCAAAUAAUUACCCGAACAAUAAUUAUGCAAGUAGAAGUUUACUAUCAGCGCUAGGAGGUAAAGCAAAUGUUAACAGACCUAUCACGAACAGCUUAAAUAACUUCAACCGUUAUCCGAACACAGGCCAAACAAAUCAGAAUAAUAAUGUAAAUAACAUAAAGGACCAAAUGAAAGAAGCGGAGAAACUAUUGGAAAGGUUAAAAGAGCUGAAUAGGUUGAAAGAACAGCAAAAGUUGGAAACAGAAAAAGGAAGUCAAGGACAAGCGGGUACGAGUGAUAAUCCAAAAAUAGAUAAUAGUGACAACAAAAAUAAUAUUAUAAACGAUGACCAUCGGAGAACUGGUGUUCUGAAGUCAUUAACAAAGAAAAAGUUAUACUUUAAGGUGAUGCCAGUUGUACCAGAAAGUGAAGCGGCAAAAUAUGAACAAACUGUGUAUUAUGAGGAGUGAAGACUGAGGUAUUAUUUAGAUAUUCGC